UAGACCAGUGAAGCCGAGGGACUCCGUCUCCAAACCGUCGCUGGUGUAAGAGCUGGUCUAUCGCGGACUGUACCGUGCUGUGUUAUAAUCACGUGUCCGUCUUGGGCUGAGGCAGCGCACCUGGUGCUGCGUUAAUGCUGGAGAGCGAACUUUAGUCCUGUUGGACGCGGUGUGGUGUUGCGGCUUCUCACAGAUGGCCAGCUUUUAGUCCAAGUGUGGUAUUGCGAAACCUUGGAUUUACAUUCUACUUUCCUAGAUGAAUCAUCGUUGUUGUUAAAGUGUUAAGGCCAUUUUCCACCGGAACCAUACAUUAUGCCUGACAAGACAAAACCUAUUGAACUUUCUGGAAAUCCUCACGUCCACAAGAUUGCCACAGCGUCUUUGGCUGGGGUCAUCGUUGGAUGUUUGUUGUCCGCCAUCAUGGUCGUGUUUAUGACACUGCUGGCGUGGCGCAUCUGUCGCCGAAAGCGGAACAAGGCCAGUACAUAUGAACAGAUAAUGACGGACCACCGGAACCAACAAGUAGCCAAUGAAAACGGAGGAAUAAUCGCCACCGCUGUCAGCAUGAAACAGAUCCCCUUUACUGUCCCCACCCAGGGGCCGGGUCAGAAUUCCAGGAGGGGGGACGUCAGGCUACAAGAGGAGGCAGCCUUUGGGGGAGGCUCGGAACCAACGUCCCCCACGGGGAAACGCCCAUCAGUCGAAAUACCAGGUGCCUAUGCCCUGGGAUCCAUUGACCCAAGCUUGUACAAAAUUGCCGAUGAGGAUGAUGACUAUGACGUCCCGAGGGACCACAUCGGCCGCAUCUGGUUCGCCGUCGAGUAUGAACGGGAAACAGAGAAGCUGCUGGUCACCCUCAUCAAAGCCAAGAACCUACCCAGCCGGGUAUUGGGGAACGAUAAUGGAUGCGAUCCAUUUGUCAGACUGUACCUGAUGCCCGACGAAAGACGUUAUCUCCAGUCAAAGUUUAGAAAGAAAACCUGUAACCCGAAGUUCGAGGAGAGCUACGUCUUCCAGGUGAAUUCCCGGACUAUUGACGACCGCGUUCUGAAGCUGACAGUGUACGACGUGGAUAGACACAAGCGCCACAACGUCAUCGGCCACGCCCUGUACCCGCUCCGUGACCACGACUGUCUGCUGGAGGGGAGGCUGGUGGUGUGGAGGGACCUGGAGAGAGAGGUGUCGGAGACGACCUCAGACCGAGGGGAGAUUCUUGUGUCCUUGUCCUACAACAACCACCUGGAGCGACUCACUGUCAGCGUUUUCGAGGGGAAAACCUUCAAGCGGGUGGACGGCGUCACCACUGUCGAUUCCUACGCUAAAGUCAGCCUGAUGAUUCAAAACAAGAUGGUCAAGAGCAAGAAGACUGAGGUGGUUAAGAAGUCGACAAGCCCAACGUACAAUGAGUCCUUCACCUUCAAGCUCCCCGUGACCAGCCUUGAUACUGCCAGUAUCACUCUCACAGCUAUGCAAUAUUACAGCGGGCACAAAGAUAAAGCAAUUGGUCGGGUCGUGCUUGGAUCCUUCAUGUUUGCACGUGGAAAGGAACUGGAUCACUGGAAUGAAAUGGUAGCAAAUCAGAAGGAACAAGUGUCACACUGGCACGUGUUGUCAUGACAACUGGGAUGAUGAAGCUGGGUCAAGGCCAUUUGAGACGUCCUUGAUACCAACGGGAGUGUUAUGCAGCGAUCAGAACCCGGAUGUUGUUGCGUUUGUUUGCCGGGAUAAUUGAGACAUGACGUGCCUACAGAAACUAUGACAUUCACCUUGUGACAGUGUAGCUUUCUGUUGUUUCGUGGCUGGUCAAAUGGCAAAUAGUUAUUCGAUCUGAUCGAAAAUUGAUAAUGAAAAUUCAUGCAUUAGAAUCGCCGUGCUGGAUCAAAAUGUCAUUGACUAUAUAUCAGACUCACUGUGCUAAUAUUUGUUGAUUGCAUCGCGACUGCUUCAAGCACACACGAACAUAACAUAAUGUCAGUGGUGUUGUGCUUUGCCGGCUUGUUUGUGUCGACAUUCUGCCAUAAUAUUAAUGUAGUCGACAGGUGAUAUGUACAAAUGUAAUAAAUAUCAAUCGUUGUC